GGUCUUUAAUAUUUUCAGUCAGGCAUAGUAUGAGUCAGUCAGCUGAGCGAAGGACCCCACGCAGCACGCUCACACGUGUUUGUCUACAGCCAUGGCGGACAUGCAGAUGAAGAUUCUCCGCAAGAAAAUUCAGAAGAGAAAUGAUAAAAAUAAACAACGCAAAUUGCUCAGAGCUCAGAAGGAAGAAGAGGAAAACGGUGAAGAGGUCAAAGUUGUUCUGGACGAAUCUGAUUCUGCUCCAAACGUCAGUGAAGAGCAGCAGCAAAGUAUCUCCACUGAGGAGAACGAAACCUCACAGAAAAUCAAGAAAAAGAAAAGAAAAUUGGAUGGUGCAGGGGACGCAGCAUCCAGUGUGAAAAAAGUCAAAAAGCCGGAUGUUGUUAAAGAGACAACAGAAGCAUCAGAUGGAGAAGAUGAGAAACAGGAGCAGGAAUGUGCAGAGCCUGAAAAGGUGCCAGAAAAUGGAAAUAAUGACAAAGAGGGUUCAGCAGAAGAGGAGGAUAGUGAUGAAGAUGGACCAGAGCUUCCUUCUGGUCUCACAGGUGCGUUUGAGGACAAGUCAUUUGCAUCUUUGGCGGAAGUGGUCAGUGAGAAUACACUGAAGGGAGUGAAGGAAAUGGGCUUUGAAACCAUGACUGAGAUCCAGCACAAGACCAUACGACCUCUGCUGGAAGGAAGAGACGUGUUGGCUGCAGCUAAAACAGGAAGCGGUAAAACACUAGCUUUCCUGAUUCCCUCCAUUGAGCUUAUCUACAAACUCAAAUUUAUGCCCAGAAAUGGGACUGCAGUGGUCAUAUUGUCUCCCACUCGUGAGUUGGCCAUGCAGACGUAUGGUGUUCUAAAGGAGCUGAUGACUCAUCAUGUGCACACAUAUGGCCUCAUCAUGGGCGGCAGCAACCGUUCUGCUGAAGCCCAGAAACUCGCCAAUGGAGUCAAUAUCCUGGUUGCUACACCUGGCAGACUUCUCGAUCACCUGCAGAACACACCCGGGUUCAUGUUUAAGAACCUUCAGUGUCUGAUCAUUGACGAGGCUGAUAGGAUUCUAGAGGUUGGCUUUGAGGAAGAACUGAAGCAGAUCAUCAAACUACUGCCUAAAAAAAGACAGACCAUGUUAUUUUCCGCAACACAGACACGUAAGGUGGAGGAUCUUGCACGAAUCUCCCUCAAGAAGGAGCCGUUGUAUGUGGGGGUGGACGACAACAAAGACACGGCCACCGUGGAAGGGCUAGAACAGGGAUAUGUCGUAUGUCCUUCGGAAAAACGUUUCCUGCUGCUCUUCACGUUUCUGAAGAAGAACCGCAAGAAGAAGCUGAUGGUGUUUUUCUCGUCUUGCAUGUCUGUGAAGUUCCACUAUGAGCUGCUCAAUUACAUCGAUCUGCCCGUCAUGGCCAUUCACGGGAAGCAGAAACAGACGAAGAGAACCACAACGUUUUUCCAGUUCUGUAACGCAGACUCUGGUAUUCUCCUCUGUACGGAUGUGGCUGCCAGAGGUCUCGAUAUCCCAGAGGUGGACUGGAUUGUUCAGUACGACCCACCCGAUGAUCCAAAGGAGUACAUUCACCGUGUGGGACGAACAGCUCGUGGUAUUAAUGGUAGAGGACAUGCCCUCCUGAUCCUAAGACCGGAGGAGCUCGGCUUUUUACGAUUUCUCAAACAGGCCAAAGUCCCUCUGAGUGAGUUUGAGUUCUCCUGGGCUAAAAUCUCUGAUAUUCAAUCUCAGUUGGAGAAGCUGAUAGAGAAGAACUACUACCUUCACAAAUCAGCUCAGGAGGCCUACAAAUCCUACGUCAGAUCUUAUGACUCGCAUUCCCUCAAACAAAUCUAUAAUGUAGAGACACUCGACCUCCCGAAAGUGGCAAUGUCCUUUGGGUUUAAAGUGCCACCUUUUGUGGACCUCAAUGUUCACAGCAGUAAAGGGGUGAAGAUGCAGAAGCGAGGUGGCGGCGGAGGCUUUGGCUACCAGAAAUCUAAGAACGUCCACAAGGCCAAGAUCUUCAAACACGUCAACAAAAGGAAAGGAGAUGGUAGACAGUUCUCACGCUGAGAAUAAGAUCAAUCUUCCUUGUGAUGCACCUCUAUAUGGAGUAACUGUCAGACUACACAAUUGUCAUUUUGUUAAUUUGUUCUCAGUCGUUUGAGAAGAGCUCUGAUCAGUCUGCAUUCCAUGCCUGUACAGAAAUCUGUUUUCAGAAGCCGUUAUGUAAUGCUGAAUUUCUAUUGUUACUGGCCCAACUCAUUAAAUAUAGAAACUUAUAUUGUGAAUAAUUCUUCAUGCUGUCUCCUCUCUCCACAUGAGAUUGAACCUACAACCUUAGUGGCAACCAGGGUUUGAUAGAUCAGCCUUUGGAUUUUCAUUUAUGUAUUUGUUUUCAAAUGGCUCAUACAGAAAACAUUUUCCGUACUGUUUCACAGAAUAGAAAAUUCUGAGAUUUAAUAAUUUUCAUUUAUGCACCAAUGUAACAA